AGUGCACACAGGAAGACAUUAUGAGAAGAAGUGGAGCAAGCGGAAGAGAAAGUGCAACACAUGUGGACAAUAGUGGCAUAAAAGAAAGCUCAAAAACUAUUCUUCAAACACCAAAGCAUAUACCAGACUCUAAAGCUCAAGAAACUCCUCACGACCUUUCUUCAUGUCUCUCAGAGAAUUCUGGUCUUAUCUCUUACAACUUCUCUUCACACUCAGACAGACUCUUCACUCACUUACACAACCUUUGCAAGGAAGAAUUACUCCUGGACUGCACCUUUAUCGUUCAAGGAAAAUCCUUCCAAGCUCACCGGCUUGUUCUAGCAGCUAUCAGUCAAACCCCAAAUGCAAUUUUAGGUUCAAAAGAAAUGCCAGGGCUUGGAGUGGGAGAAAUUGCACAAUGUUUGACACCAGUUGGUUUAAGGGCUAUCAUGGAGUUUGCAUAUUGUGGACAUGUGGCCAUGGACUUGAGUAAAGAGCGGGUAAUUGAGGAGGUUUUAAAUGCUUCUCAAUGUCUCCAGAUGGAGAGGCUGAAAGAAAGUUGCAUAUCAAAGAUCAAAACUUCUGCUGCAAAAGAGAGAGAGAAGAGCUUGGCUAUCAUCAGAGACAUGUGGAAGAGAGGAGAAGGAUGUGAUGUCACAAUACAAGCAGAGACUGGAGAGAAAAAUUCAGCACAUCGUGUGGUGUUAGCAGCAGCUGGGGACUAUUUCCGGGCAUUGCUGUGUGGAGGGUUACGGGAGUCUUGCCAGGAAGUGGUGUGCCUGCGAGGUGUGUCGUCUUGGGUGAUUGAAUCCAUGCUCUAUUUCAUCUACACCGGUCAGCUCAGACUGAACUGGAGUCGGAUUUGGGAGCUUACAGAUGCAAUGCUUCAGUUCCAGCUGGAGGGGGCGCUGUCGCUGUGCAUUGAGUUCAUGCAGGACAGAAUGGAUGAAAGCACAUGUCUAGAUGUGCUGGUCCUGGCUGAGACCUACGGGCUGGUCCAGCUAGGGCAGGCAGCCGAGGAGUAUAUUGCAGCCCACUUCCAGUGCGUCUCUUAUGGGGAAAAGUUCAAGGAUAUUCCCUUUCACCUCCUUGACAAACUUCUUAAGAAGGACUCCUUGUCUGUAGAGAGUGAGAUUGUGGUGUUCAAGGCAGUAGUGAGCUGGGUGGAGGACAACCCUAAAGAGAGACUCCAAUGCCUGUCCAGCCUGCUCCUUCAUGUUCGGAUCACACUCUUCAGCUAUGCUGAACUUCAGGAGGCCCUUAGUUGCAGCAUCUUACUCAGGAGCCCUGGUGCAAGGAAAACACUGGUAGCCCUCCAAAGUCUCAUUGAAGGGGAUUACAGAGGGCCUAAAUAUCAUCCUCGCACCAAAAACCAGGUCCUGGUUUUGGUAGGUGGGGACACUGUUGAUGAUGAAUUCAUGAAGAGGGUUCCCAGCCAGACCCUGUGGUUUGCUCAACAGUUUCACCGUGGCCCCGGUUUAAGAAGGAGCAUAGAAUGGAAACCAUUUGCAAAGUUUCCUGAACCUGCGCGAUUCAGACACUGUGUCUGUCUCUUGAACAACAAACUGUAUGUGUUGGGAGGACGCAAAUACUAUGGAGCACUGGACAUCCUCAAAAACAUCUGA